ACAUUAAAGCCCACGAGUUUGAGAUAGAGUGGCGAGAGAACAGAGCCAUGGCCAUCUCCGCGUUAUCUGUUGCGGUUUCUAAUCCUCGCCUCCUCCCCUCGCUUCCCAAAUCGCACAAGGCGCCGCCUUUCCUCGCGAGGAGCGCCUCCCCUCUUCACCUGUCCCUCCCUGCGCCUUCUCUCCCCGUUGGCGACCCUGCGGAGGAGGCGGCCACCGCCUCCACUUCCUCCUCCUCUUCCUUCUUGGCACCGGUGCCAUCCACCAGUAGGCGGCUGUUCGGGGUGGGAGUCGGUAUUUUGGCGGCCUCUUGGUUCGCAUCCGAUGCUAGUGCCACCAGAAUAGAAUACUACGCCACUGUAGGUGAGCCACUUUGUGACAUGAGCUUUGCGAGGUCCGGCCUUGGUUACUGUGACGUCGCAAUCGGGACCGGCGUCGAGGCACCUCGGGGCGAGCUCAUCAACGUUCAUUAUACUGCACGGUUUGCUGAUGGCACUGUGUUCGAUAGCAGCUAUAAGCGUGGAAGACCUCUUACAAUGCGUAUAGGUGUUGGUAAGGUCCUACCAGGACUCGAUCAGGGAAUUAUAGGUGGUGGUGGUGUACCUCCAAUGCUUGUUGGGGGUAAGCGUAAACUUCUCAUACCGCCAUUGUUAGCUUAUGGGCCAGAACCAGCAGGAUGCUUUCAAGGAGAUUGCAACAUUCCAGCCAAUGCAACUCUUCUCUAUGACAUUCUUUUUGUUGGAGUGUACAAGUAAACAUCAUUACAGCAAUCUUCAUGGCUCCCGAUUGUUACUCAUGACAAAGGCAGCAGAACAAGAUUUAUUGUAAGCAGAGGGAAACAAGUUGCUUUGAAGCUCGCUUAUGUUUACACAAUCUGUUCUUCAGCAGUAUCUUCAACCAAAUGAAAUUUUUUGAAGCAGCAUUAUGUUUUAGUCUUCAGCUUGUAUCCUGAAUCCUACCCCGGUGAUUUAUGUACAUAGAAACGACAAAUCAUUUUAUGUAAAAGUUGUACUGAUGCACCAUGAAUGAUGACAACACUCUAUCCUGACUUUGCACAAGAAAAUGAUAAGAGAAUGAUGCUUAGAGUGCUUUUA